AUGGGCACGCCUUUACCAACAUCACCCCGCUCGCCUCGCUCGCCCGUGUCGGCCCAUUCGCCGCAGCCGAGUGAGAGUAGCAGGUAUUCCCACAACUUUCCUCAUCGUGAGCCCCAGGCGUACGGUUACGAGGAAAAGAACGAGCACGCAGAGAGCCAACAGUCCUUGCUCUACCGCCAACCGAGCCCGUUGAAUGCGUCCUAUGACGAUCCAUAUGCCUCGACGGAUUCCCUGCGCCGCUAUACCCUGCAUGAUCCCGGCGUCACCAUCUUCCCCGAUGGCCCAUAUCAAGAACCCGCGGGGGGACUGAAUCGCCGCUCGGGAGUUCAAACCCCCAUGUCUGAAACCCCGUCGGAAGCGUGGCAGCAACGGCAGGCACCUGGUUCCGGGCUGCGCCGGUACGCGACUCGAAAAAUCAAGCUGGUGCAGGGCUCGGUGCUGAGCGUGGAUUAUCCGGUCCCGAGUGCCAUCCAGAAUGCGAUCCAGAGGGAGUACCGGGAAUCGGAAGAAGGCUUCCCAGAAGAAUUUACCCAUCUGCGGUACACGGCGGCCACUUGUGAUCCGGAUGAAUUUACCCUGCGAAACGGCUACAAUUUGCGACCCGCCAUGUACAACCGCCACACGGAGUUGCUGAUCGCCGUCACCUAUUACAACGAAGAUAAAGUGCUGACGUCGCGGACCUUGCACGGUGUCAUGCAAAAUAUCCGAGAUAUCGUCAACCUGAAAAAAUCCGAGUUCUGGAACAAGGGUGGACCCGCCUGGCAGAAGAUUGUGUGUUGUAUGGUGUUCGAUGGGAUUGAUCCCUGUGACAAGAACACUCUCGACGUGCUGGCUACCAUUGGUGUCUAUCAAGAUGGGAUCAUGAAGCGAUCCGUCGAUGGUCGAGAAACCGUCGCACAUAUUUUCGAAUACACCACCCAGCUCUCCGUUACCGCCAACCAGCAGUUGAUUCGUCCUCAAGGUAACGAAUCGACCAAUCUCCCGCCGGUCCAGAUGAUUUUCUGCAUGAAGCAAAAGAACAGCAAGAAGAUCAACUCCCACCGUUGGUUAUUUAAUGGAUUUAGCCGAAUCCUCAACCCUGAAGUAGUGAUUCUGAUUGAUGCUGGUACGAAACCAGGCAAAAAAUCCCUUUUAGCCUUGUGGGAAUCAUUCUACAAUGACAAGAAUUUGGGUGGAUCAUGCGGUGAGAUCCAUGCGAUGCUGGGCCCGGGUUGGAAGAAUCUCAUGAAUCCCCUUGUGGCGGCGCAGAACUUCGAGUACAAGAUCUCUAACAUUCUGGACAAGCCGUUGGAAAGCUCAUUUGGGUAUGUUAGUGUGUUACCGGGUGCUUUCUCAGCGUACCGCUACCGCGCUAUCAUGGGUCGACCCCUCGAGCAGUACUUCCAUGGUGAUCACACACUCUCCCGACAGCUAGGCAAGAAGGGUAUCGAGGGUAUGAACAUUUUCAAAAAGAAUAUGUUCCUUGCCGAAGAUCGUAUUCUUUGCUUUGAACUGGUCGCUAAGGCCGGGUUCAAGUGGCAUUUGACCUAUGUGAAGGCGUCCAAGGGUGAGACCGAUGUUCCGGAGGGAUCGGCUGAGUUCAUCAGCCAGCGGCGCCGGUGGCUGAAUGGAUCCUUUGCGGCCAGUUUGUACGCCAUCAUGCACUUUGGUCGGAUCUACAAGAGUGGUCACAACAUCAUCCGGCUGUUUUUCCUCCAUGUGCAGAUGAUCUACAAUUGUGCCGGUCUCAUCAUGACUUGGUUCUCAUUGGCUUCCUUUUGGCUCACCACGUCGGUGAUCAUGGAUCUUGUGGGAACGCCGAGCGAAGCCAACAAAUUCAAAGGAUGGCCCUUCGGGAAUGAUGCAACUCCGAUUGUCAAUAACUUCCUCAAGUAUGGGUACAUCUUUUUCCUGAUGCUGCAGUUCAUCCUGGCCCUAGGGAACCGACCAAAAGGCUCCCGUUUGCCCUAUACACUUUCUUUUGCCUAUUUUAGCAUUGUCCAAGCCUAUGUCCUGGUCUUGUCAUUCUACUUGGUCAAGAAUGCUUUCACCGGUGGCACCAUGGAUUUUCACUGGAAUGACGGCGUGAGUGCCUUUAUAUCAUCGUUCUUUAGCUCCGCCAGUGCAGGUAUCGUCCUGAUUGCACUGGUUUCCACAUAUGGCGUUUACUUCGUGGCCAGUUUCCUAUAUAUGGAUCCCUGGCAUAUGUUCACCUCUUCGUGGGCGUACUUCAUGGGUAUGACCUGUGCGAUCAAUGUGCUUAUGGUCUAUGCCUUCUGUAACUGGCACGACGUUUCCUGGGGUACCAAAGGAUCCGACAAGGGCGACGCGUUGCCGGCGGCGCAGACCAAGAAGGACGACGCCAAGUCAAAUUUUAUCGAAGAGGUCGACAAGCCACAGGCCGACAUCGACAGCCAGUUCGAGUCUACGGUGAAGCGGGCACUCGCGCCGUAUGCGGAACCGGAGGAGAAGGAAGACAAGAAUAUGGAUGACUCGUACAAGGCCUUCCGGACCAACCUGGUGUUGCUCUGGAUCUUCAGUAAUCUGGUCCUGGCGCUUUGCAUCACGAGCCAGGAUGUCUCACGCUUGUGUCUCACGAACACAUCGACUGACCGCACCUCCCAUUACUUCUCGGCCGUUCUAUGGACCACUGCCGGCUUGUCGCUGUUCCGCUUCAUUGGAUCCCUCUGGUUCCUGGGCAAGUCUGGCAUCCUCUGCUGCGUCUCCCGGCGAUAA